AAUCCAAAGCACAGUCCGACGAGCGCAGCUGUCAGCGCGCACUUAGGUGCGCAUCACCGUGGACCACCGACCAGUCUCCGCGCGCUCUACCGACCAAAGAUGUUGUUCCCUUCAAUCUGACUUCUCUAAUCCGUUACACUUUCUUUCACGGGAAACAGAGCGCGACAGUUUCGUUGCUUGCGAGCCGAGGUGAGCGAGCGGGAUAUCAUGAGUUGUUUGGAUGUUAUGUACCCGGCUUAUGGUCAUUACGCACCGUACGCACACAAAGCUUCUGCCUUCAUCAGCGCUUUACCGGCUCCCAUUGGUCUGAGAAGUCCCACAUCCCGCUGUAGGGAUCUGAUGGACAGCGCGUGCUGCUCAGACGUUGUGCCGGUUUCUGCCGGAAGCUCCAGGUCAGCAGGUCCUUCCCCAUCGCCGUACGCCUCCGCCGGACAGGUAGAGGAGAUUACGAAAGAUAAAGAGAUUAGGGAGGCAGAAUACCUGAGCUCACGCUGCGUCCUCUUCACCUACUACCAUGGAGACAUUAGCACCGUGGUGGAUGAACAUUUCUCCAGAGCUCUGAGCACUUACAUGGAGACAGAGGGCAAGAAGAGGCACAACGAAUCCAGCACAGAAGCUUCAUCAUCAAGUACUCGACGCAGUUUCCCACCGUCAUUCUGGGACAGUAACUACCCCUCGCCACCCAGUCGUCCCCACUGUGAUGCCCCCACUUAUGCCAUGGACCCCUACGCCCCGGCCCUGCACCCAGGUCUGCCUCACUCGCACCCACACCCAUCAGAGUCGUGGAGUUACUCUCAGAGCCAGCCCUACGGCCCUCCGCGGCCCCUUCACGAACUUUACUCCCCUGCCGGGCUUGAUCCGCAUUACGGCCCCCUGCUGAUGCCCACCGUACGACCGCCCCAUCUCCCGACUCUGCCUGGGCAUUACGAUGUUGGAAAGCUUGAACCCACCCCUACAUGGCCAGGUCUGCUUCCGCCCGGGGACGUGGCACAGAGUUUGGCCCUCAACAUGGAGCCUGGUCUCCAGCACCACAAGAAAGGGAAGGAGCUCUACUGGUUUUAAUGAGAAGCCCUUCAUCGACCAUCCAAUUAAAGUCUACAGUCUGGCCCAUUGUAGCCGAACUGUUGUUUCUUUGGUCCCCGGCACACGCUCUGAACGCGCUCCAGGACUGUUUGUGUGCACCAUGGAGAUAUGAACACGGGGUGAUGAGAGAACACCUGGGGGGCGGCAGGGGUUCUUGAUGGCAUGGUUUCUCUCGUUUUUGCUUUCUUUUACUCCUCUUUUUGUAAAUUAAUUUAUUGUGGUGCUUGGAUUUUUGAAUGUUGAGACGUAGGAAAACAUCACAUGAUGGAGAGAUUUGUUUUGAAAAGAUCUCACAUUUUUGAUGAAAUGGAUGUGAUGCGUUUGUAUCACUUCCUUGCGUUCAUUUAUUAUCUGUUCAUGUACAGUAUAUUUAUUUAUAUAUAUAUAUGGUAGUAUUUAUGCGUUUCAAUUAAAAUACACGUAUACGGCCAGUGCCAUUAAUUUGAUCUUUUCUCAGCCAACGUGCCAUGCUGUGAAAACAGCUAUGGUAAAUCAAAAAAUUGAUGAAGCAUAUCAGAUUGAAAGACUGAAAUAAAAUGAUAUGAUUCCACAAGUUAAUAAACCACCAUUGAGCUGAUCUUGUUGUAUAAAAGUCAAUUUCUGUGUAUUUUGUAUGCCUGGUAAUAAUGAAUACACUUGCUCCAUUAAGCUCAGAAAUAUCAGAAAGUGUUUGUUUUUCCAUAUUAAACAUGAAUUUAAAUUUGUUGCAAUGCAUUUGAUCUGAUUUGAAGUCAUUACGACUAACCAAAUGUUUGUAUAAUCCAUGCUAAAGUCUCAUAAUCUUCUUUUCACAUUUCAAUCUUUGACAUGAUCUUACUCGGUCAAUAUUAAAGAUAUCAAGGUUAUAUUUUCACACAAUGUUCUUUACAUUAUAGAGGAUGAUUUUAUGUAGAAAACAAUAAAUCACAAAACUU